GAACAAGGUGACUCAAGACUAGAGUGGAAAUUUGGAAAACACUUUUUCCCUCGACAGGAAGUCUCUCGUAAGUAUUUUUUGAUUUUAUUGUUUUAAAUCAAAUUCGAUCUACUAACUUUGCUAUUACUUACCCUUCGCUACUGACAAUAACUCAGUGAUACUUUGUUUGACUCGUUAUUAACCAACUGUCUACGUUCAAAACGCCUUGGAUAAGAAGUUUCGCUAACUAUCCAGUAGUUAGCUACAGUAGCUAGUUAGUUUAGCUAACGUAAUGUCAGCUAGCUAACAUUUAACGUUAGCCAACCAACUAACAUAACUAAGCUUGCUUACAGAAUAAUAUAGUAGAGGGAUAUGUCAGGAGAAUCAAAGGUUCAAAACCUAGCUAAAUUGUUUGUCACGCGAUUGGUAUUUCCAGAAAAUCAUGGCUUUCGUCCCUAACCGGCCAUGCUUAGCCAGUUAGCUUCACACAGCAACAUGCUAGUUUGCAAGCCAGAGAGGCCGGCGAGUUGUCUUACAACGUUACACUAGACCGAUCAUGACUCUCAGUAACAUUACAUUACACCAGUGGCGAUUUUAGCAUGUAAAUCUUGAUUGGGGGAGGGGGGUUGCUUGCCAACAAAGCCACAACACUAAACAAUACAUUAAUUGCACUAUAACGGUGACAAACGGUGCCCACAAACUGUUAGGGCCUACAUAAAGCUGUCCCAACACCUUACCACUGCUACACCUGGCUAUCAGCGGAGCCUUGUCUGGCAGCGAAACAGUUAAUUCAACCUCAUUUAUGCCUUUAAAAAAAACAGCUGAUAUGGCUGACUUGCUUAAACAAAUGUGGUUUCUACUGACAAUUGAGAUCAAAUCACAUUUUGUUUGUCACAUACACGUGUUUAGCAGAUGUUAUUGCGGGUGUAGCGAAAUGCUUAUGCUUCUAGCUCCGACAGUGCAGUAAUAUCUAACAAGUAAUAUCUAACAAUUUCACAACAUAUACCCAAUACACACAAAUCUAAGUAAGGAAUGGAAUUUAAGUAUAUAUACAUAUAUGGACAAGCAAUGAUAGAGCGGCAUGGACUAAGAUGCAGUAGAAUAUUAUAGAAUGCAGUAUAUACAUAUGAGAUGAGUAGUGCAAGAUAUGUAAACAUUAUUAAAGUGACUAGUGUUCCAUUUCUUAAAGUGGCCAGUGAUUACAAUAGGCAGCAGCAGCCUCUGUGCUAGUGAUGGCUAUUUAACAGUCUGAUGGCCUUGAGAUAGAAGCUGUUUUUCAUUCUCUCGGUCCCAGCUUUGAUGCUCCUGUACUGACCUCGCCUUCUGGAUGAUAGCGGGGUGAACAGGCAGUGGCUCGGGUGGUUGAUGUCGUUGAUGAUCUUUUUGGCCUUUCUGUGACAUCGGGUGCUGUAGGUGUCCUGGAGGGCGGGUAGUUUGCCCCCGGUGAUGUGUUUGGCAGACCGCUCCACCCUCUGGAGAGCCCUGUGGUUGCGGGCGGUGCAGUUGCCGUACCAGGCGGUGAUACAGCCCGACAGGAUGCUCUCAAUUGUGCAUCUGUAAAGGUUUGUGAGGGCUUUAGGUGCCAUGCCAAAUUUCUUUAGCCUCCUGAGGUUGAAGAGGCUCUGUUGCGCCUUCUUCAUCACACUGUCUGCGUGGGUGGACCAUUUCAGUUUGUCAGUGAUGUGUAUGCCAAUGAACUUGAAGCUUUCCACCUUCUCCUCUGUGGUCCUGUCGAUGUGGAUAGGGGGGGGGGGGGGUGCACCCUCUGCUGUUUCCUGAAGUCCACGAUCAUCUCCUUUGUUUUGUUGACGUUAAGUGAGAGGUUAUUUUUCUGGCACCACACUCCCAGAGCCCUCACCUCCUCCCUGUAGGCUGUCUCGUCAUUGUUAGUAAUCAAGCCUACUACUGUUGUGUCAUCUGCAAACUUGAUGAUUGAGUUGGAGGCGUGCUUGGCCACGCAGUCAUGGGUGAACAGGGAGUACAGGAGGGGGCUGAGCACCCACCCUUGUGGGGCCCCAGUGUUGAGGAUCAGCGAAGUGGAGAUGUUGUUUCCUACCUUCACCACCUGGGGGUGGCCCGUCAGGAAGUCCAGGACCCAGUUGCACAGGGCGGGGUUCAGACCCAGGGCCUCGAGCUUAAUGAUGAGCUUGGAGGGUACUGUGGUGUUGACUGCUGAGCUGUAGUCAAUGAACAGCUUUCUUACAUAGGUAUUCCUCUUGUCCAGAUGGGAUAGGGCAGUGUGCAGUGUGAUGGCGAUUGCAUCGUCUGUGGAUCUAUUGGGGCGGUAAGCAAAUUGUAGUGGGUCUAGGGCAGGGUUCUUCAAUUCCGGUCCUGGAGGGCCGAAACACUUCUAUUUUUUAUUUCUACCUGGUAGUUAAUUGCACUCACCUGGUGUCCCAGGUCUGAAUUAGCCCCUGAUUAGAAGGAGAGGAUGAAAAACAGAGGUGUUUCGGCCCUCCAGGACCGGAAUUGAAGAACCCUGGUCUAGGGUGACAGGUAUGGUAGAGGUGAUAUGAUCCUUGACUAGUCUCUCAAAGCACUUCAUGAUGACAGAGGUGAGUGCUACGGGGCGGUAGUCAUUUAGUUCAGUUACCUUUGCUUUCUUGGGUACAGGAACAAUGGUGGGCAUCUUGAAGCAUGUGGGGACAGAAGACUGGGAUAGGGAGAGACUGAAUAUGUCCGUAAACACACCAGCCAGCUGGUCUGCGCAUGCUCUGAGGACACGGCUAGGGAUGCCAUCUGGGCCGGCAGCCUUGCAGGGGAUAACAUGCUUAAAUGUCUUACUCACGUCGGCCAUGGAGAAGGACAGGCCACAGUCCUUGGUAGUGGGCCUCGUCGGUGGCACUGUGUUAUCCUCAAAGCGGGCGAAGAAGGUGUUUAGCUUGUCUGGAAGCGAGACGUCGGCGACGUGGCUGGUUUUCCUUUUGUAGUCUGUGAUUGUUUGUAGACCCUGCCACAUACGUCUCGUGUCUGAGCCGUUGAAUUGUGACUCCACUUUGUCUCUAUACUGAUGUUUUGCCAUUUUAAUUGCCUUGCGGAGUGAGUAGCAGCACUGUUUGUAUUCUGCCAUAUUCCCAGUCACCUUGCCAUGGUUAAAUGCGGUGGUUCGCGCUUUCAGUUUUGCGCGAAUGCUGCCAUCUAUCCACGGUUUCUGGUUAGGGUAGGUUUUAAUAGUCAGUGGGCACAACAUCACCUAUACACUUCCUGAUAAACUCAGUCACCGUUUCAUUGUAUUCGUCUAAAUUAUUUUCGCAAGCUACCCGGAACAUAUCUCAGUCCGCGUGAUCAAAACAAUCUUGAAGCGUGGAUUCCGAUUGGUCAGACCAGCGUUGAAUAGUCCUUAGCACGGGUACUUCCUGUUUGAGUUUCUACUUAUAGGAAGGGAGGAGCAAAAUGGAGUCGUGGUCAGAUUUGCCGAAAGGAGGGCGGGGGAGGGCCUUAUAACCAUCCUGGAAGUUCGAAUAGCAAUGGUAGAGGAUUUUAGCAGCCCGUGUACAACAAUCGAUAUGUUGAUAGAACUUCGGCAGCCUAGUCCUCAAAUUUGCUUUGUUAAAAUCCCCGGCUACAAUAAAUGCAGACUCAGGAUAUGUGGUUUCCAGUUUGCAUAAAGUCCAGUGAAGUUCUUUGAGGGCUGUCGUGGUAUCGGCUUGAGGGGGGGAUAUACACGGCCGUGACUAUAACUGAAGAAAAUUCUCUUGGGAGAUAAUACGGUCGGCAUUUGAUUGUGAGGUAUUCUAGGUCGGGUGAAAAAAAAGGACUUGAGCUCCUGUAUGUAUUUACAAUUACACCAUGAGUUGUUAAUCAUGAAACACACACCUCUGCCCUUCUGCUUCCCGGAGAGAUAUUUAUUUCUGUCUGCGCGAUGAACUGAGGACCCAUCUGUCUGGACCGAUUUCGACAGAAUAUCCCCAGAGAGCCAUAUUUCCAUGAAACAAAGUAUGUUACAGUCCUUCAUGUCGCUCUGGAAAGAAAUCCUUGCCCUGAGCUUGUCGACCUUGUUAUCCAAAGACUUAACAUUAGCGAGUAGUAUACUUGGAAGUGGUGGGUGGUGUGCGCGCCUCCUAAGUCAAACCAGCAGGCCGCUCCGAGUGCCUCUCCUCCGCCGGCGAUGUUUUGGGUCAGCCGCUGGAAUCAGUUCAAUUGCCCCGGGGAGAGCAAACAAAGGAUCUGCUUCGGGAAAGUCGUAUUCCUGGUCGUAAUGCUGGUGAGUUACUGCCGCUCUGAUAUCCAUUAGUUUUUCCCGGCUGUAUGUAAUGAUACAAAACACUUUCUGAGCUAAUAAUGUAAAAAAUAAUACAUAAAAUAACAAGCUAGCGUGGUUACACGUGGUCUGCGGUUGUGAGGCCGAUUGGACCUACUGCCAAAUUCUCUAAAACGACGAGUCAGCUUAUGGUAGAGAAAUUAACAUUUAAGUCUCUGGCAACAGCUCUGGUGGACAUUCCUGCAGUCAGCAUGCCAAUUGCAUUCUCCCUCAACUUGAGACAUCUGUGGCAUUGUGUUGUGUGACUAAAACUGCACGUUUUAGUGGCCUUUUAUUGUCCCCAGCACAAGGUGCACCUGUGUAAUGAUCAUGCUGUUUAAUCAGCUUCUUGAGAUGCUACAACUGUCAGGUGGAUGGAUUAUCUUGGCAAAGGACAUUUAAGCGAAAUAAGCAUUUUUUGCAUAUGGAAAAUGUCUGGGAUCUUUUAUUUCAGCUCAUGAAACAUGGGACCAACGCUUUACAUGUUGAGUUUUAUAUAUGUUUUCAGUGUUGUAUGAAUACAAAAAUAAGUCUGAUGGCUAGGAUAAAAACAAACACAUUUAGAAUAUCAGGAGCAAGGCCAAAAUAUAUCACAACACUAACUACAGGUAUUUCCUCCCCUGUUUGUCUUCCUGUUGUUUCCCCAGACUACCUCACAGAGAAGAUGCUUUCUUGCGGACUACUGUACAACUGCCUAUGUGAAACACAUCGAUAGAAUGAGUAAAGAAAGUACAAGGAUAGAAAUGGACCUGGUAUGUGCUUUGAUUUUUUCCCAUACCACAGUCAUGGUCUGACCAAAUAUUAUUAGCCCAAAGGCUGGCAGAUGGCGAUAUUGAGUCGUUUUAAUUUUACCAUCCAAAUGCAUUGUAUGCACCAGCAAUACAUUCAUAUCCCUUGUGAACCGGUUCGUACUUAAAUCAUUCUCCAUUCAGGCUGCAUAGGCUUAUAUUUCCUCCUUAACUUUAUUUAAUGGCAAGAAGGCUGAGAAAAACGGGGAAAAUAUGUGUACCGCCACCAUGCUAGAGUGGCUAAAUGCUAAUCCUGGAUGUUGUGUAUCAGGUUGCAGCAGUCAGUUUUUUCACCCCUAACCUAAGGCAGUGCUGUAUCGCAUUAGUGAAAACCAAGACUGUUCUCAGGGUGGGGCUGCCGGUUUUGGCUAGCAGAAGUGACUUUUCGUAGCAGGUUAGAAGAACUUGCGCAACAGGUUAGGAUAAUUAAUGUGGCAGGUUACAAUAAUUAUGUUAAGGUUAGGUAAAGGUUUAGUUUGCUAAAAUUUUCCCAGACGCGAUUCAAACAUAUUUAGCUACAACCAGGGCUGCCCUGAGAACAGUCUUGGUGUCCACUAAUGCGAUGCAGCUAAUAGUUUCAACCUGAUUGGCUGAACGCAAUACAUUUUACAUUUACAUUUUAGUCAUUUAGCAGACGCUCUUAUCCAGAGCGACUUAGUUAGUGAGUGCAUACAUUUUUCAUACUGGCCCCCCGUGGGAAUCGAACCCACAACCCUGCCGUUGCAAGCUCCAUGCUCUACCAACUGAGCUACAGGAGGGCUAGCAACAUCCGGGAUUAGCAUUUAGCCAAUUUAGCAUGGUGGUGGGAAAUGGUGUUUCAUAAGGAAGGUAUGCGUAUUUUCCCUUUAUUUUUAUAUUUGUAUAAAAAAACAAAUAUGCCUUCUCGCCAUUAAAUAAAGUUAAGGAGGAAAUAUAAGCCUAUGCAGCCUGAAUGGAGAAGGAUUUAAGUAGGAACCGGUCCGAAUGUAUUGCUAAUUUGGACGGUAAGAUGAAACAACUCAAUAUCGCCAUCUGCCGGCCUUUGGGCUAACCAGAUGUCAUCUCAACUGUCACUCAUCAGACGGUGUAGCAACUACAAUAUACCCAGAAGUAGAGGAGGACUGAAGACAUUGUUGAAGCGUCUUGAGAUCACAAUAGUAUCCAAUCCAUGUUGUUAAAUCUUGUCCUCAUGGCACUUCCACUAUACUGCACUUCUACUAUACUGUCUUUAUUAUAAUAAUAAUAAUAUGCCAUUUAGCAGACGCUUUAAUCCAAAGCGAUUUACAGUCAUGCGUGCAUACAUUUUUUGUGUAUGGGUGGUCCCGGGGAUCGAACCCACUACCUUGGCGUUACAAGCGCCGUGCUCUACCAGCUGAGCUACAGAGGACCACCCAUACACAAAGGCAUGAUUUAAUUGUGAUGUACCCAUUAUCUUGAUAUUCUUGAUUCUAGUACUUAACCAUAGGCCUAUGUGUUUAUUUUGACAGGCCUUUGGCUUUUCAGGCAAGGCGUAUGGCUCCUCAAGGAGUAUUGUGAGAAGAAUAGCCACCAAUCUUCCCCUUAAACCAUGCCCCAGGGUCCAUUUUCAGGUAAGACUAUUUCUGCAGGAGGCAGGCAUAUAAUAUGUUAGCUAACAUGAACUAAAAGUAAUAUAAUAUUCUUUGUAGACUGUCUGCAGCCAUACUUUGACAGAGUAUGAUCUGUGUUUGACAUUGUUUCCAUGUGACAUUGUUUCCGUGUCGUCACUAUUUCUGUGUCACUGCUCUUUACCUUGUACUCAAGUAUCGCGUUAUCUUGGUAUUCUCUGACCUGAUGUAUUGUGAUACACCUGCAUCUUCGUUUGUUUUGAUGCUUCAACUAUAAACAGAAUGGAAAACAUAAUGAGACCAAUAACAUGGACCUAGGUUCUGAUUUCAUGUUUAGGGAAGUUAGGCUAUGUUGCUCCUCUUUGGUGAUAAAAUAUCAUAGUGCCUUUUUAAUGUUUAGAUUUGAAAAUAAGUCUGAUCCAUUUGUGUCUUUUUUUGCAUUAGAAAGUUACAGCUACACAGAACACAACAGUUCUGUGGUUUUCAAUUCUUAUUUAGGUAGAGUCAUGCUAUCAUUGCCCUGCUCAAUCUUUACAUUCCCUUUUCCUGUCUUGCAAUACUGUUUUUUCACUUCUUUUCCUCUCUCUCUCCCUUUAGCUGUCCUUCCUUUCUGUGAGGAAUGCAGUAUGUCUGCUUUAGGUCAGUUCAUCAGGCAACCUACAACAGUAACUUUGUGCUGUUGACUAAUGUCUGGUACAUACACACACACACACACACACACAAACACACAUACAGUAUACACACACUACAUUACCAAAAGUAUGUGGCCACCUGCUCGUCGAACAUCUCAUUCCAAUAUCAUGGGCAUUACUAUGGAGUUGGUCCUCCCUUUGCUGCUAUAACAGCCUCCACUCUUCUGGGAAGGCUUUCCACUAGAUGUUGGAACAUUGCUGCGGGGACUUGCUUCCAUUCAGCCACAACAGCAUUAGUGAGGUCGGGCAUUGAUAUUGGGCGAUUAGGCCUGGCUCGCAGUCGGUGUUCCAAUUCAUCCCGAUGGGGUUGAGGUCAGGCCAGUCAAGUUCUUCCACACCGAUCUCGAAAAACCAUUUCUGUAUGGACCUUGCUUUGUGCACGGGGGCAUUGUCAUGCUGAAACGGCAAAGGGGCUUACCCAAACUGUUGUCACGAAGUUGGAAGCACAGAAUUGUCUAGAAUGUCAUUGUAUGCUGUAGCAUUAAGAUUUCCCUUCACUGGAACUAAGGGGCCUAGCCCAAACCGUGAAAAACAACCCCAGACCAUUAUUCCUCCUCCACCAAACUUUACAGUUGGCACUACGCAUUCAGGCAGCUAGCGUUCUCCUGGCAUCCGCCAAACCCAGAUUAGUCCGUCGGACUGCCAGAUGGUGAAGCAUGAUAAAUCACUCCAGAGAACGUGUUUCCACUUCUCCAGAGUCCAAUGGCGGCGAGCUUUACACCACUCCAGCCGACGCUUGGCAUUGCCCAUGGUGAUCUUAGGCUGGUGUGCGGCUGCUCGGCCAUGGAAACCCAUUUCAUGAAUCUCUAGACUAACAGUUAUUGUGCUGACGUUGCUUCCAGAGGCAGUUUGGAACUCGGUAGUGAGUGUUGCAACCGGGGACAGACGAUUUUUACGCGCUUCAGCACUUGGUCCUCUUAUUAGGACUGUGUCCCCUGAAAUGUAUCAACUGUCUUUAUUUUUUAUUUCUUACCUUUUCUAUGACUUUAAGCUCCUGUUGAGUUGAGGGACAGAAUAAGAAUAGAUCUCGACAGGCUGUUGACAGACGGCAUAAUUAAGAAUAGAUCUCGACAGGCUGUUGACAGACGGCAUAAUUAAGAAUAGAUCUCGACAGGCUGUUGACAGACGGCAUAAUUAAGAAUAGAUCUCGACAGGCUGUUGACAGACGGCAUAACUAAGAAUAGAUCUCGACAGGCUGUUGACAGACGGCAUAACUAAGAAUAGAUCUCGACAGGCUGUUGACAGACGGCAUAACUAAGAAUAGAUCUCGACAGGCUGUUGACAGACGGCAUAACUAAGAAUAGAUCUCGACAGGCUGUUGACAGACGGCAUCAGAAUGGCUUUCUUCAGUUGCUGUCUUGUGCACUAUUUCUAAAAGUCAACCGUAGCCAAUCAAAUGUCUGUCAGGGUAGGUUUCCAAGUAGUGUGAAUGCAGUUUGAUUCAUAAAAAGAGAAUACCUCACGUGGUUAAACAGGACCGUGUAGUUGAGUUGUUGACAGUGUAUUGAGUAAUUGUGGCAGGCUCCUCUGGUGAGGAGAAUGUUUUGGUGUAUUUAUUAACAUGGCUGCCUUGUGUCUCAGCUCAAUUCUUACACUGAGGAAAGUAGUGUCCUGAACAGCGCCGGGAUUCCGACUGGACUGGUGGCCUCUCUGGUCGAUGUCGGCUGGAUCGACGAGGAGGAAAAUGACUGGUUUGGAUUUGGGAGAGUGAGGUAAGAAGCUGUGAUGCUGCCCCUGUUUAUUGACCCACACACUGUGCUCAUUAGGGAGUCCAUUUGCGCUUGUUAACUUUCCACAUUUGUAUUACUCCAUGAAUCUCUUUCCUGCUUCUAAUAAGGUGCUUGUAUACCAUUGGUCUCGUUCAGGUCAGAGGCACCAUCAGGGCUCAUGUUCCGUUCUCACCCACCUCAGCCCAAACAACAACCUUUGCCCAGACGGAGGUCAUUACCCAGCCUGCACAAGGCCAAGCCGGAGCCCCAGGGUCAGACCCGCAGCAACGAUGAGGCCAUCCAGAAGAUCAGUGCUCUGGAGACGGAGCUGGCUAAACUCAGAGCCCAGAUCGCACAGAUAGUACUGACCCAGGAGCAGAACACACUGACACCAGGUAUGGGAGCGAGACCUCAGAACACACACACACACAAAAAGGUAAGGAAGAAUCCUCAGAACACAAACAUAAAGCGCUACCUCAUAGCCCCUUAAUUUGUUGGGUAAGAUAGUUCCAUGUUUUCCACUGUAAUUACCUAUAUCUGCCUGAAGAUGGGAGCUUUUCAUGGAAUAAUUGUCAGACUAAUCUGUACAUUUCUCAGCCCCAGGUGGUCCUCCUGCCCCAGGCGGCCCUCCUCCUCCACCCUGUGUCCCUCCGCCUCCCCCGCCGCCUCCUCCCCCUCCUCCACCCCCACUCAUUGGUCUCCAGCGGAGCUUCUCAGUCAUUGACCUCAUCCAGGAGCGCCGUGGGAAGAAGACUCCGGGCCAGGCACUGCUGGACCAGGGGCCCAAGCAGGUAGAGGUCCCCAAUAUGCUGGACGUGCUCAAAGACAUCGGCAAAGUCAAGCUGCGCCCCGCCAAGAGGUGGGCACCAUGUUCAUGGUCUGACUUCUACAUUACAGAAGAUGGACACAACUGUCUUGUUUUACUAACUGAAACCUGUACUGAUUUCCAGCUAAACAUUGAUUUACCCUUACUCCCUGUGUGUUACUGUCCAGCCGGCCAGAGGAGAGCCAAGCCAAACCCAGUGAGCCCACAGAUGCUGCGUCUCUCAUCGCUAAUGCCCUGAAGCGCAAGUUCGCCCAUCGCUAUCGCCACAACAGCAAUGAGGACAAUGAGUUUGACUUCCCAGCCUCUGAACUGAAACCUUUCUGUUCUGAAUUCCCCAAGACCGACAAGAAAGUAGAGAUUCCCCUGGUAAGAGCAACACUGAUACUACAUUACUCUCUUAUGUUAGGAAUCCCCAUUUUGGGUCUUAUCAUUUUCAAACUACACUGUAUGAUUGUGCAACAACAAAGAUGGGUAAAACCUUAGAUCUGUGAAGUUCUGGCUAUUGUGUGUCUGGGUUGUCCGUUGCUUACCUUUCUCGUCCUCUAGGUAAGGCAGCCCCGGUUGAAAACCCCAGCCCCUGUAGUGAAACCACGCCCAGAGACCCCCCUGGUAAGAGAAGUGCAAGCAUGACUAAAAUAGGUAUCUGAUCUAAUAUUUGAUGAGUUUGAAAAGUCAUUUGCUGCUCUCUCUCUUUUCCCAUCCUGUAGUUUGGACAGCACAUGUUGAAAUCUACUGGCAAGCGAAAUCUCCUCUGAGCACCCACAGAGAUGGGCUGGAAUUCUGGACUUGGUCAGAGUUCUGGACCGUCAGACAGCCAUGGACAUUUAAGUGCCUUAUCAACCGGUGUGUCAGCAGUCUCUGGAUGGACACCGGGUUUCUGACUAGAUAUGCAGUCAAUCUGCUCUCCAUUCCUGCUCACCAACAGUGUUGCAUUGCCUCAUAGUCUUCUUCAGUUCUUGCACUUUGAUAACAUACAGGAUCCGUUUCCGUGUACCACAGAUUUUAACUUUUUGUUUGAAUUAAAUGUCUAUUUUUGUCUCUUAGUUGACUGCAUUUUCAAAGUCUUUGAUCUUAAAGGUCCAAGUUUGUUCAUCAGACUUUCUGUACAUCUUGAUAUUUUAUUUGAAUCAAAACUAAAUUACAAUAUGAGGCACACCAGUGUUUUAUGUUCUGGAUAAACACUCUGUAACACUACAGAAUCCUAACUUUCUCUCAACUGACAACUGUUAAUAACUACAUGUAUUUAUGGGAAUGAACCUUCUCUAAAUGCACAUAGAUGUAAAUGGUUAUCCUUUUUGCAUGCCCUUUUCAAGGCAGUUGUAUUUAUCUUUGUCUCACUGGGUAUUUGCUGUCUACUGCUUGCUAUGGGUAGAGAGAAAUGUAUGCAGAGGAGUGGGAGCACUUUGUCAUUUGGUCCCUCUUGUAGAGUAUUAGGCUGUUUUUGUAAAUUGCAUUCUAGUCAAUCUAAUUUAUGAUUUUUAGAACACUUAUUUAUGUUUAGUUUGAACUGAAUUUAGAGUUAAUACUUGAUACAAAUAAUUAUGUUGUAGCUGUUAUCAAUGCUAUCAAAGCAAGUAUGGUUGAGAUGUAAUUGUAUUUGUUUCGUUUUAGACUGGCUCUCUUUUUGCUUUAAUAAGUUGAACGGGAACCAGUUCUGGAAACCCUGUUACCAUACAGUACCUCAGUAUGAAGACUGGACCAAACUAAUCUAUGGUGACAGUGUUGUCUUAAUGCAUUCUGGGGGGGAGAGGAAGAGAAAUAUGCUAGUGUUUGACUAAAGCUGUAACACUAGGAUAAUCUACCAAUACUGGGCAGGAUGUUGACAUUUUUUUUGUUCCAAUGUGUGUAUUCGAGAACCAUGGCAUUAUUAUUCAGUUGUAUUUUGUUAUAUGAUUCGAAGCCAAAUAUAAGACAAAUGGCAUUCUGGGAGGUAGUGUUACUCAACAACAAGCUGAGUGUAUUGCUCUUUUUAUAUCCUUAUGAUGCCUUGAAACAAUUUUCCUUAGUAUCAUAUCAAAUAUUUCAUACCGUGAAGAGUUCCUCUUGGAUAUAUUCUGAUAGUUAAGAAUGUCAUACUUUAUAUUUUUUGUGGAAUUAAAGGUGUCUGCACACCUUGACACAGAUAUAGCAUUAUUGAAAUGGCAUGACAGAUAUGACUGUUUGGGCGGGAAACAGUAUUUAGGAUACAUCUAACACUAACAUGUAUGAUUGUGGUUUAUUUAUCUUUAGAAGAUGAGGAAUGGCCAGUGUGUUUAUCAUUGACAUACUCUAUGUACCGAUAUCUAUUUCCUGCUCAGUGUGUCUAAGCGUUGAACUUUGGCAUGGUGGGAGAAUUAUAAGGGAACAUGGACAACUCAACUGUCAGUGAUACUUGAUGUAAAACCUAACUGUAAAACACUAGGGAUCUGUGUUGUGAAAUGUCUUCCAUACUUGAAAGAAAGUUAUGUAAACAGACUGGAAUCAUCAAAUUCAUGAAUAAAACCGAAAUGAAACUUG